UUUUUCUCAUCUCUGGUUCGAAAAAUCAACAACAUUUCCCAGAAGUCUUUGCCGGUGAACUGUCAACCAAAAUGUCAGCACCCAUAAGAACCCAUGUACCGGGGUUAUACAGUACUUCACGUUAAAGAUAGGUGUGUUUUUAUCGUCGCGACAGUCAACUAAUGCCCCGCCAAUAUGGCAACAGUCUACAUUUUAUCAAUGACAAUACAGAAAUGUCACCACAGCUAGCUAGCUAACUAGCUAACAGUUAAGUAGCUUGACGAAAAUGUCGUUUUCGCUAGUGAAACGGUGGUGUGAAUCACCCCUUAUAAGACGUGUUUUACAGUUCAAAGUAUAUAGAAGGAAAAUACAAAGCUAUAAUAUGACCUACACACUGUUAAGACACCGGUGGAUGAAAAGGCUGCCCAUGUUCUCCAGCAGCGUCAUGGUCAGCACACAAACAGACAAGGAUACUAUUGACCUGUCUAAGUUCCCUGUGGACAGAAUCCGGAAUUUUUGCAUCAUUGCUCAUAUUGACCAUGGAAAAAGCACUUUGGCUGACAGGCUGUUGGAGAUGACCGGUGCCAUAGCAACGACAGAGAAGAACAAACAGGUGUUGGACAAGCUUCAGGUGGAGCGAGAGAGAGGGAUAACCGUGAAGGCCCAGACAGCCUCGUUGGUUUACAGCCACCAGGGGCAGCAGUACCUCCUGAACCUCAUCGACACCCCGGGUCAUGUUGACUUCAGUUAUGAAGUGUCUCGAUCGAUUUCUGCAUGCCAGGGUGUCCUGUUGAUUGUCGAUGCCAAUCAGGGCAUUCAAGCGCAGACGGUGGCCAACUUCUACCUGGCUUUUGAAGCUCAGCUCGCAAUCAUCCCUGUCAUCAACAAGAUCGACUUAAAAAAUGCUGAUCCAGAGAGAGUGGAAACACAGAUUGAAAAGGCGUUUGAUAUUCCACGUGAAGAGUGCAUUAGAAUUUCAGCUAAACUUGGGACAAAUGUUGACAAAGUUCUCCAAGCGGUCGUGGACAGAAUUCCAGCGCCCGUGGCAAGUACUGAUGACCCAUUUAAAGCCCUAGUGUUUGACUCCAAUUUCGACCACUACAGAGGAGUGGUGGCCAACAUCGCUGUGUUCGGAGGCCGGGUCAAGAAAGGGGACAGGAUCGUGUCGGCAUAUCUCGGCAAAACCUACGACGUCAACGAGCUGGGGCUCCUCCGGCCCGAUGAGCACCCAACGCAGAAGCUGUUUGCAGGCCAAGUGGGUUACAUAAUAGCAGGGAUGAAGGAUGUGAAGGAGGCCCAGAUUGGUGACACACUCUACCUCCAGGAGCAGCCCGUGGAAGCUCUUCCAGGGUUCAAACCUGCCAAAGCCAUGGUCUUUGCCGGCAUGUACCCGAUGGACCAGUCCGAAUACCCGGGCCUUCGCAGCGCCAUCGAGAGACUGACCCUGAACGACUCGAGUGUCACGGUGCAGAGAGACAGCAGCAUGGCCCUGGGAGCAGGCUGGAGACUUGGCUUCCUGGGUCUUCUCCAUAUGGAGGUGUUCAAUCAGAGGCUGGAGCAGGAAUACAACGCCUCCGUCAUAGUAACGGCGCCCACCGUGCCCUACAAGGCUGUCCUCUCUUCACCCAAACUCAUCAAGGAACACGGCAGUGAGGAGAUAACCAUCGUGAACCCGGCUCAGUUCCCAGACCGAUCCGUUGUGUCCGAGUAUUUGGAGCCCAUGGUACUGGGGACCAUUCUCUCUCCAGACACUUACACCGGCAAGAUUAUGUCUCUCUGCUUGAAUCGCAGAGGGAUCCAGAAGAACAUGGUGUACAUAGACGACCAGCGGGUCAUGAUGAAGUACCUCUUCCCUUUAAAUGAAAUCGUUGUGGACUUCUAUGACCUCCUCAAGUCUCUGUCCUCUGGAUAUGCAAGCUUUGACUAUGAGAAUGCAGGCUACCAGGCUGCUGAUUUGAUAAAGAUGAAUAUACUGCUGAAUGGCCAACCUGUGGAAGAACUCAUCACAAUUGUACACAGAGGCCGUGCGUACAGCACAGGGAAAGCCAUGUGUGAGCGACUCAAAGACUCCAUACCAAGGCAGAUGUUUGAGGUGGCCGUGCAGGCAGCUAUUGGAAGUAAGGUCAUUGCAAGGGAAACAAUUAAGGCAUACAGAAAGAAUGUUCUUGCUAAAUGUUACGGAGGUGACAUAACACGGAAGAUGAAGCUACUGAAGAAACAGGCCGAGGGUAAAAAGAAGAUGCGGCGUAUUGGCAACAUAGAGGUUCCCAAAGACGCCUUCAUUAACGUCCUGAAGAGGAAAGACAAGUAGCCUGCAAUGAUAUUAGUCUAUUAUCACAGUAAUGUCAAUAUCAUACGCAACAGGUCUUUGUUAGUGUAAGGCCCUGCUAGACUUUCUCUAAAUAAAGUGGUCAUUGAUGCUGCAAA